GGAGAACUGGACUGGCUGGUCCCCAGAGAAGCUGCUCCAUGCUGAAGAAGCAGCGACACGCAAGCCACAUGGCCCUGAGCACACGCUUCUGUCAAGGGAGUUUGUCCAUCCGCAGUUGAAUUGUUUACCUGAAAUGACACUCUGUAAGCUCUAUUUUAACAAGGUGCCAUGUAAAGAAAGUUACUCCUGUUUGAAGUUUUUUUGGGUUGGACUUACAGUGAAUUGAUGCGACCAGAAUGGAUCAGAAAUUCUCUAUUAAGUGAAAUGAAUUCACCCAAAUCAAACAUAGUAGCUUACUGAUCCCCCUAAAUCAGUCUCAUUCACACAACAGCCCUUUGUCAGUCUCUUGCAUUGUGCGCCACAGUUAAGCUACAACUGCAGGGAUUAAAUAGAAGCACAUGAUGAUUCAGCCCCGUGAUUUCUCACAGAGUUGGGUCAUGGACUCAGUCAUUUCCUCUGCUUUUCUCUUUCUUUUUCUCCUGACACGGUAGCACAUUUCUUCCUUCCCCCUCUCCCUCUUCCUCUCUCUUUCCUUCCCUCUCUCUGUCUGCAGUCCGUGAUGGCAUCCCCACGGCUGGAGACUUUCUGCUGCCCGAACCGGGACUCGGCUACGGAGUUCGUGGUCACCUUCCAGCCCGUCCUGUUCGGAGCUUUGACUCUUGGAAGCGCAGCUCUGAGCCUCAUCUUCGCUCUUCUCCAAAUUCUCCCGAAGCGCAAAGGAUACAGGAGGCUCGGACAGUAUCCUCUGCCCAGGCCUGCGUCCUCCUCCCGGAUUCUGUUCAUCAUCAGUAUAUGUGACAUUCUGGGAUGUGCAGGUAUCAUUGUGAGAUCAUCGGUGUGGCUGGGCCUGCCCAACAUCAUCGACAGCAUCUCAGUGACCAACAACACUGAAGUUUGGCCGGAAGUCUUCUGCGUUGGCAGUGCAAUGUGGAUCCAGCUGUUUUUCAGCGCCUCUUUCUGGUGGACUUUUUGCUACGCCGUCGACGUCUUCCUGGUGGUGAAAACAUCCGCAGGAAUCAGCACCAUUAUCCUCUACCACAUGAUUACAUGGGGUCUGGCUGUGCUGCUGUGCGUGGAAGGAGUGGCCAUGCUCUACUACCCAUCCAUUUCUGAUUGUGAGCAGGGCCUGCAGCACGCCAUUCCUCACUAUGUGACCACAUACGCACCGAUGCUGCUCGUCCUCGUGGCCAACCCUGUCUUCUUUAAUCGGACCAUAUCUGCCGUGACGUCUUUACUGAAAGGACGACAAGGAAUCUACACAGAAAACGAGAGAAAGCUGGCCAAUGAGAUCAAAAUACGCUUCUUUAAAAUAAUGCUGGUGUUCUUCAUUUGCUGGGUUCCCAACAUCAUCAAUGAGAGCCUCCUCUUCUACCUGGAGAUGCAGACCGACAUCAAUGACAGCGGAUUCAGGGACGUCAGGAACGCAGCUCUCACCACGUGGUUCAUCAUGGGCAUCCUGAACCCCAUGCAGGCCUUCCUCAACACCCUGGCCUUCCACGGCUGGACGGGCUUCGACGUCGACCUCAGCCUGCGCCGGAGGAGGGAGCUGGCCUGGGACUCGGUCUCUACGUCGGUGCCUAACGCUGCCAGCCACAACCCCAUAGCGGGAACGACUCUGCUUUAUCAGAGUCAUGUCCAGGAAGCCCAGAAAAGCAUGAUGGGAAACGGGCAGCAACACUCAGACGCCCUGAGUGUCCUCUCAGAAGGUUCAGAGUCUAGUACAGUUGAAAUCCACAUUUCCAGCGAGCUACGAGACUAUGAGGAUGUAGACGCUGACGGAGAGUCCUUGGAGAACUCAGUGAGGCACUAGCUGGGGUUUUCACCAGUCCGCCUCCCCUCCACUGCUCUGCACGACUUUGUUCUUUUUGUUUUAGAUCAUCUACUCUUAGCCUCCAUUAUCCUGUUGAGAUUUUAACCGGUCACGAGAUUUCAGUAGCUGGCAUGACGGAGUAAGUGUGAUUGUUAAUUCCAAGCCUUUUCACUUCCUUCUAAGCGUUUUAACUCUGUCUGCGGUUCACUGUAGUGCUGCUUUACAGGCCCAUCGAGCACACAGCAACAGUCCCAAAGCUACCGAGUCUUGUAGCCGUCAGUCCACAGAACAAACACGGCAUUUUCUCAUGAGCAACUCUCAGGCUGACCUUUAAAAGUGCCUUUAGUGCUUGAGGAAAUAUUUUUUUCCCAGCAAGUUCUCUGAAUUGAAUGCACUGAAUUUGUGAUAUUGUCAUUAAGCUGCCAAGACCCCACAGAAUGUAGAAAGCUCGUUAGUCUUCUUUUUUUAUAUAUAUAAAAGUUGUUGUAUUGUCGACUGUCUAUCCUGUAUUUUUACGUACAUCUAUUUUAUGCUAUAUUAAAUAUCUUGUAGUUUU